AUGGCCGCCUCAACAAAUCGUUCAUUCGAAUACCUGGAGCAACUGCCUGAGUUGACUUUCAACAAACUGUACCAGCAACCCUCUACAGCGCUCGCCAUCUUUCGGCGGAUGCUACCCGACCUUGCAAAAUGUCUCGUCAUGGCUUUGCUUUAUAUGCGGGACCCUCUUCCGACAACAGAUUUAGAGUUGUGGAUCAAGGCCGAUAGCAUGAAAGAGAGGGACCAGGCCAUUUCCAUCCUUGGGAGGUUGCACAUCAUGAAGAUCACCGCGACAUCGAAUCAGGUCAGAGCCUAUAUGGUGACAAACCCAUUCGCUUCAUCUUUACGACAAGCCCUCACCGGAGCAGAAAACUCGCAGUCCUUCGGCAUGCCCUGCUCUACAGCUGACCCGACUCCGGCAUCUAUCUCCGACCUCGACGAAUAUGCGAGAAGACAAUGGGAAGGCGUUCUCGGGUAUAUGGUUGGGACAAGUGGAUUUGGUGGGCGUGACACUGUCAACCUCAGUCGUGGUGUCAAACAGCUCCUACAGGUUGGCCAUCUAGUUGAGAUACACCAUGGCAGGGCGGAUAUUACCCAGGAUGGCUUCGCCUUUGUGCUGCAAGAUAUCAACACUCAAGUCUGGCAAAUCCUUAUCCUCUAUGUUGAGAGUGCAGAGGCUUUACAGGUGAAUGCGGUAGAAGUUCUAUCCUUCAUCUUCCUCUUAAGCAGUCUCGAACUCGGCCAAUCGUACGAAAAGAAAAACCUUACAAGCAGCCAGCUACGCACUUUGACUGACCUAACGGACUUUGGGAUCGUUUAUCAGCACUCGCCAUCAACCGAGGCUGAUCGCUUUUACCCGACUCGUCUCGCCACCACCCUUACCUCGGACUCCAGUGCUCUCAGCAAUACAAUGUCCAGCGCCCUAUCUGCCCAAUCAGUCAAAACGGCAGGGGAGUCUGGAACAGGGUUUAUUAUCAUUGAGACGAAUUAUCGUCUGUAUGCAUACACGUCGUCACCUCUACAAAUCUCCCUCAUCGCACUAUUCACCACCCUCAAAUACCGCUUCCCAAACUUGGUCACUGGUAAAAUUACGAGGCAGUCCAUCCGCCGUGCUGUUGAAAUGGGUAUCACAGCAGACCAGAUCAUUUCCUACCUCUCAAACCAUGCUCACCCUCAAAUGCGCAAGGAAAGCGCUAGCAAGUCAACUUCCAACACCUCUGGAAUAGCGCGAUCUGUUCUGCCGCCCACCGUGGUGGAUCAAAUCCGACUAUGGCAGCUUGAAAGGGACCGUCUUAAAGCCACGGCGGGAUUUCUCUUCAAAGAUUUUACAUCCCUUUCUGAAUAUGAAAGUACUUGCAAAUACGCAGAGGAGAUUGGCGUGUUAGUAUGGAAGUCGGACCGAAAACGGAUGUUCUUCGUGACUCGCCACCAGCAGAUUGCUUCAUUUUUAAAGAACAAGAAGCCAUGA